AGCAAGGCAGUGGAAUCAUUACUGAAUUAAAAGUAUUGAGCCAUGCAGAAUGACAAAUGCUUGUUUAAAAAGGUUAAAAACCCGUUUUCUGUCUAGUGUAAUGAUGCGUGACAAUGGUAUGAGGAUCACCUUGAUAAGUUCGAUGACAAUGCUCCAAUUUUGGGGUGUUAUGAUGAUGAAACAACUAAACUUUUCAGGAUUUAGGAAAUAGUUAUAUAGAGAACAAUUAGACUAUUCAACGUAAGAAAAAGCAGUAUGCUGACAACAUUUUGUUACUUGCGCACCGAACAGGACAGCGACUCAUGGGAUGUAGUGUGGGCUGUAGAACAAGGCUCAACUUUGGAAAGGCGCAGUCCAAAGUAUCCGUGUGUUUUACCAUGGUCGUGAUUUUCACCUAUUUCUUCUACUGUUUUACCGGAUUAUGUGACUCGGCGCCGAGACAGAUGGAUGACCAUCACACUGUAAACAGAGACUAUGUCUCCGACCGUGCGUACGACAAUCUGCGACCGCCAGCGCGACUCUAUCCUCACCACCCGGGCGCACCGACUCACUGGAACAGGACAGACCCUUCAACGGACGAGCCCGUCGCCUCGCUACAGGGUGUUGAAGGCGGACUGCUCCCACAAGAGAUACCGCAGAGCACUAAGGAAAAUGUAGCUGGUAACGGCAUCCCCGUGUCCAACACAUUUGAGAGUAAGAAGUUCCCCCAAGCCAUCAUAAUCGGCGUGAAGAAAGGUGGAACGCGGGCUCUGCUGGAGUUCCUGCGGAUUCAUCCGGACGUGAGAGCUGUCGGGGCAGAACCUCACUUUUUCGACAGGUUCUACGAGAAAGGACUUGAGUGGUACAGGAACCUGAUGCCUCGGACCCUGGAAGGUCAGAUCACCAUGGAGAAGACGCCCAGCUACUUUGUGACCAAGGAGGCUCCUCGUCGCCUCUGCACCAUGAACUGCCGCACCAAGCUCAUUGUGGUCGUCCGCGACCCCGUGACCCGGGCAGUCUCUGACUAUACCCAGACACUGUCCAAACAACCCGGCCUCCCUUCCUUCCAGAGCCUGGCCCUCAAGAACACCUCUACGGGAUUGGUCGACACCUCGUGGAGCGCCGUGCGCAUCGGCCUGUACGCCAAGCACCUGGAGAACUGGCUCAAGCACUUCCCCUUAUCUCAAUUCCUGUUCGUCAGUGGUGAGCGGCUGGUGUCCGACCCGGCAGGGGAGAUGGGCCGGGUGCAGGACUUCCUGGGUCUGAAGAGGGUGGUGAGCGACAAGCACUUUUACUUCAACCAGACUAAGGGAUUCCCCUGUCUGAAGAAGCCAGAGGGAAGCAGCAGGCCCCGGUGUCUGGGGAAGUCCAAAGGAAGGCCUCAUCCACAGAUCUCACCAGAGGUGCUGCAGAGGCUCAGGGAUUUCUACAGGCCAUUCAACAUCAGGUUCUACCAGAUGACUGGACAAGACUUUGGAUGGGUCUGAGCCGUCCACCAAUGUUAUAUGGAAAAUCAAACCAAAGGAUGAAAAUUAUUACUUUAAAACAUGUGGAGAGGACACUCUGCUUUCAUCAAGACAGCAAACACAAGACUGACAUUACAUUUGUCAAUGAGGGAACAGGGGUUCUAGGUUACCACUUUGACUUGUGACAUGGUAUACAUUAUACAAUAUGUGGGCAUUUUUUUGUGUUUUAUGAAACAAUGAUAUAAAACUGUAAUUUAUAGUUUCAGUUACAAGAUACAGAUAUUUGUGUGUUGCUACAUGUUAGAAUAUGAUCUUAAACCAAUUGUUUUCUCAAUGUAAAGUACAUGAACCAAGAGAUGUGUGAGGAGACUCAUGUUAAAAAGAAGCACAGGAUUAUAACCAACCUGUUUCCGACCAGCGUGUGUGUGUAUGUAUGUUUGUAUGUUUGUAUGUGUGUGUGUGUGCGUGUUUAAGAUACCGUAAGAAAAGUGUAUUUAUUGUAAUAAGUGUAUGUAGCUUUAAUUAUUCUUGUGACCACCCAACUAAGCAACAAAACGUUUCUUUAUCAGGUUUGACAAUCAUGUUCUUUUGACUUUUGACUUGUGUUUUCAAUGGUACUGUAGAUCUAAAAACCAAAUGUGUAACUAUCUAUCAUUACCUGCAAGUCAAUCUAAUACCAGACCCUGUUUACAGCAUUUACAUUGGGACAGUAUUACAUGGAUAAUGAACCACUAUUACAAAGACCUUGUACACAUAAUUAUUUUUAUUCUCCUUGGGUUAUGAGCUAUGAUGUAAUACUUAUUUCCUCUUUUAACUCAAAGUUAUUUAAGCCUCAUUUAAAAUGAUGCUUUUACUUGCAAACCUUUUCUGGCUUUACAAAACUCUUAUGCAUCCAACAAUGAUACCUCACUUUGGGUACAGAAACAUCAUAGUGACUGUGAUGAGAAAUCACGCACAUUUCAUUUUGGAACCGAAACAGAUUUGUAUAUAUAGUUUACCCUUCAAUGAUGAAUCACAAUGUACAAUGAGUAUCAUUAUCUUGACGUUAACAGCUGGGUCAUUUGUAAAUGUCAUGCUUAAAGAUUAUGUUUGUCAAAGUUUAUUUCAUUUCAAGGAUGUAUAGGAAACUGUUCAUAUUACUCUGUAAAAACGUUAAAUUGAACCAUACUGAAGUUUACAACCCUAUUGUACAUACUGAAAUGAGAAUAUGUUGAGAUGUUUAGUAAAGCUUCAUUUGAAAGAGUACAUCAUGUUGUCUUUUUUACUGAAACACACACACACAGUGGUGCAGUGAUGCUCUUGUGACCCGUCAGUGUUUUUACUAGCCACAACAGGUCUCACUGAGACCCACCACCAGGAGACUCUUGGAGGCCUGUAGACCCAACUCUACCAGGUUUUGCGUAGCCAGACGUUGUAUUAUUGUGUUCUAUGUAUUCUAGGAGAACUCAGAAGCCUGGAAUAAGAGGCUGAACUCUGUCUAACUCCUCAGUAGAAAACAUGCACAGACCUCAGCUUCCCUCUUUCCCUCUCCUCUCUUUCUC